UAUUUUCGUGUUAAGAAAUUAAAAAAAACAAUGAGCCGAUCACCAAUGAAUUUUCAAAGUUUGGAUCAAUCCGAAUCUUCAUUUCCACAAAUAUCAACAACUACACGUUCUCAUCUAUUGGGCAGUCCGUGUCCAGCAAUAAUUUCCUGGCCAGCUCCACCCCCCAAAAUUGAAUUAAAGCCAACAGCUAUAGCAGCACCUUUAUCAGCUUCUUCUGCCCUUUCUGCUUCUUCUCCAAGUACUUCCCUUCGUUCAGCUCCAACCAUCGUCCCAAUAUCACAAUCUACAUUAACUCACAGUCCUAUACCUUUAAUGGGAACAGCUUCUCCACAUUCUUUAACUCCUCUUCCACGUUUAGAAUUGCCUCAAUCUGAUGGACAAGAAUGUGGUAGCAGUACUAACCUGCUAACGAUGCUUAAAGCAAUCGCCAAUGGGCUUGCACCGCCUAGUGGAGCAUGCAGCCCAGGAAGCAGCGUCAAUUGCUGGGGACGCGAAACAGAAUUGCGACAAAAAAUUCAGGCAUUAGAAGAAAUUGUUGCGGACUAUGAAAGACAAAAAUUUAAUGUUCUCGGCACUUUCUCCGAUUUUCAUGAACGUGUAGCGGAAAGAGAGAGACGUUUAGAAGCAGAAUAUUCAACAAGAAUACUCUCUUUAAGCGAGGAAGUUUUGGGUGCCAAAAAAGAUUUUGAGGAAAGAAUGAAAAAUUUUCAUUUACUUCAAGAACAAUUUGAACGAGAAAAAGAACAAGCUUUGGAAAGAUUAAGACAGGAUCAUCAACGGGAAAUGCAGGCACUAGAGCGUUAUAUUGUUUCUAAGGAGCAACGCUUUUCAGAGUCUAAAUUGCUCAAUUUGGAACAAAAAUAUAUUUUGGAAAUACAAAAAUUGGAAGAAGAACGUAAAAAUUUAAAAACAGAAAGAGAAAGGCUUAAUGAAGGAUUUGAAGUUCGUUUUAGACGAGCUGAAAGCCUUUUUGAAUCAGAGUUGACCGCAGCAAAAAUGUUAUAUACGAGGGAAUUGCAAGCAUUGAGAGAACAUGAAGAGGCCCUUAAAGACGAAUUAGCUGCUAGACAGGAAGAAUUUCAGGAUAAAUUAAUUGAAUUACAACAUUAUUCGAAACAAGCUAAAGAAGAGGUUGUUAAUUGUAGAAAAGAGGUUGUACAGCUUGAAGAGAAAUUGAAAGAAAAGGCUGCUGAAAUUCAGCGGUUGGCUAGAGAGCUCGCUGCCGCCCGUCGUCAAACAGAAGAUUCCUUCCGUCGCCUAAGCAAAGCUCGUUCAGAAGCUGAACAAAACCAGAGUUUUUUGGAAGAACAAAGAGAACAAUUAGAACAAAGAAAUGCUUUAUUAAAAAAUGCGGAAGAGUUGAGAGCUAAAUUAGAACAAACAAUUGGGGAAUUAAGAAAAGAAGUUAUUGCAUUAAGUAAUCGAGUAGAUUUACUUGAAAUUGAGAGAGAUGGGUUAAGAGCACAAGCAGAAAGUCAGACAGAGCUACACGAAUCCCAAUUAACUGCAUUGGAAGCGAUGUUAGAAUCAGUUACAAGAGAAAAAGAAGAAUGUGCCGAACGGUGUGAAGAAACACUCCAAAAGGAAAGAGCUGAAGCAGAAGAAAGAGAAUCUACACUUAGAGGAGAGUUUUCAACAAAAUUGAGUGAAUUAGAAGAACAAUAUAAUGGAUUGAGGGAACAUGUAGAAAGGGAAGAAGAUGGAGAAUUUGGGCCUGAAAAUGAGAAAUUAUGGGAAGAAGUUGAAUUAUUGAGAGCAGAGAAGACUGAUUUGGAGGAGAAAAUUGAAAAACAACAAAUGGAUAAUAAGGAAUUAUCACGAGUAAUUAAUUCAAUUGAAGGCAAAUUAAAAGUAGAAAAUGAAGAGGAAGAAGAAGCGGAGGAAGAGAUUGAAAUGGAUAAAUUAUUAGAGAAGUUAUACGACUUGGAACGAAGUGUUGAGUGGAUAGUAAAGGAAAAGGAACGUGCCGAAGCAAGACUAGAACAAUUACAAGAGGGAGAUGUAAAUGCUGGUUGGAAACGUGCAGAUGAAUUAAAUAAGGAAUUGGAGGAAGAAAAAAAAAAACGACUUGCAAUUGAAUUGGAUUCGAAAAGUGAAGUUGAGAGGGUUGAUCUCCUUGAAAAAGAAUUAGCUAAUGUAAAGGAACAAUUAGAGGAAGAACGUGAAAAGUCAGAAAGGGAAUUGAGACGUUUGGAAUCUCAACACGCGUUGGCAUUAGAGCUAAAAAUUGGGGCAUUAAAUAGAGAACAUGAACGUACUGUAGAAUUUAUACAACAAAGAGAGCAGGAAUUGGCUAGAAAAUUGGAAUUAAUAAAUGAUAAUAAUAAAUCAGAAAAAAUUUUGGAAGAACAUGAAAGUCAAACAGAAUUAAGUAAUGAAAAAAUUUUUGAAGAAGAGGAACAAAAAAUGAUAACAAAUCAGGAGGUGUUGAAUAGGGAGAAGGAACUUAUUGAAGUAAUAAAGCAAUUGCAAGCUGAACUAUCUGAGGCUUACAACAAACAAGCAUGUAAUUGUUGCUUCAACAAAAAGGAGCUGCGUUCGCAAAGUAUAGCCAAUACAAAUGAACAUUUGGCUUUUUGUCAAAAAGCAACAGGGACACGUUUAACAGUUGAAGAAUUAUCUCAAAGAAAGGAUUGUUGUCAAAGACACGAACAUUGGAGAUGUUCUUCUUCAAAUAGUGGAAGAGGGAUUGCUGGGAGAAUGGAAGCUGUUGCUCCACAAGAAUUAACUCCAGAACAUUCACAACAUAGACUUCAUUCACCUAUUGGAAAUGUCCACCACCGCAUUUCUCCCUCACAUCAAUUAUUUUUCGGCAAAGGGUCAUCUCCAAGUAGUGAAAAAGCAGAAAAACGACCAGCAUGGAAAUUUUAA